UCUGAAAGGGAAGAAAACCGUAACCAUUUUUGUAGUUUGCUCUUUAAAUAAAACUAAAACAAAAUAAUAAAAUAUUUCUCAAGAUACCAGUUUCCUAGCAGCGGUUGACAGCCAUUAGAAAUUAUCUCCACCGUGUUACCGCCGGCGAUUCACCGGAUUUCUUAUUCUCCGGCGACACUGUCUGACUUCUAUUAAGGUUUAGACAAUUAGCCAUGUCCAGGCCGCUUCUGCUAGUUACGUUGCUUUUGUUGAUGGUGUUGACUUCUCAACUGGAUUGGAAUCAGAAAAUUGUGAACGAUGUAGAAGCGAGAUCAUCGGUUCUUUCGAGGAAACAACAGUAUGUUCUGGACAGGAAAGAAUCUGUCAAAGAGAAGAUAAUCUUAUCUCAGGAAAAGCAAAUUCAGAAACUUAAAACACUUGUGCAGAGUCUACAAGAACAGUUGCAGCACUGCAAGAGCAAAGAUGAGUUUGUAAAUGACACCACGGGUUCUUUGACUGAAGUAUUAAAUGAUAUGAAACAACAACAACAACAACAACAAAUCAUGGAGUAAUCAAGAUCACUUCCUUGUAUUGAGUAAUGCACGGAGAGUAACCCGAUGACGUUGACUUCAACCAUCAACCUGUCAAAACCCGAAUUGUAUUUUCAAUGUUUGCAUAUAAGUAAAUGGUAAGUCUGAAUUUCAGAUGUUUUCCGGGCCUAAUUAAUGAAAGCUUGUAUCAUUUUACCGUAAUUUAUGGUGACUAAUAAUACACCGCCUUUCAUACGACUGUGCAUCAGUUAUAGACAUCAUUUAAUAGCUGCUUCUAACUUUUCAUUAUUGUGUACUUGAGAAAAAUGUGUUGUUUGUUAUCA